AAGAAGAAUAUGAUUGAAAAGUGCGACGAGCACUGUACAAUACCAAGUUUAUAUUUAAGAUCUACCUCUAGUCCGGACCCACCAUCCAUCCCUUCUAUCUAACACACCACAAAGAAGGAGAUAACGAAGAAGAAGAUAACCUCCCAGUCCCAAGAUAUCCAAGAUGGUCGCCCUCCCGCCCGGCAUAACCCUGAGCCCACCGUCCCCAACCCGGGGCCGCUCUAUCCUCGCAUCACAGGUCUUCAGCCCGGGAGCCGUCAUCGCCGUGUUUGCUCACGGCGAAGGGGCGCCUAGCAUAGCUAUCCCAGACAACCCACACCUACCGCGGACCUGCCACUACUGUCUAGCCAUAGCAUCGGAUCAAGAUCCAACAGUUUCUCCCCCGGUCCGCGUGCGCGCGUGCACCGGCUGUCGCACAGUCUACUACUGCGCCCCGGCAUGUCAGGAAGCCGACUGGGCGCUCGCCCACGGCCUCGGCGAGUGCAAGGCCUUCCGACGGGUCCGCGCUCCCGAUCCUGCUUCGUCUCAGGAGGAGGAGACCAAUCCGGAUCGCAUGGUCUUGCCAACUCCCGUCCGGGCUCUGGUCCAGGUGCUUGUGCGCCCGGAGAUGCAGGCCGCGGUCGCGGAGAUGGAAGGCCAUGUCGAGACGGUGCGCACUACGGACCCGGAUGUGGCGUGGGCUGGCAUAGAGCUCCAGGCGCGCGCCGCGCUGCAUUACUUGAGUCGGGAGGUGAGCAAGAGUAAUCUGGCCGAGGCCAUGGAGAUUGUGUGUAAGCUCAAAGUCAACUCCUUCAACCGACUCGACGCAGACAUUGGCCAGAGCGGGACAUACCUCAAUCCCGUGCUGGCCAUGAUAAACCAUUCCUGCGUUCCGAAUGCUUUCGUACAGUUUAUAGGACGCAAGGCGAUCCUACACGCGUUUCGGGAGAUAAAAGAGGGCGAAGAGAUCGAAAUAUCAUAUAUUGAAUGCACACUCCAUCGCUCGCACCGUCAAGAAGCGCUACAGACGCGGUAUCACUUCAAAUGCCUCUGUCCCCGGUGCAAAGACGACCUAGACAUCUACCAAGUCUGCCAGCAAUAUCCGCAUCUCGAGCUGAACUCGUUCAGUCUUGUCCCCGAUCUAGACAAACUGCGGCAUCCACCUAUCAAGCAGCAUCUGCAGUCGAAUAGCUCUCUGCAGAAAUACAUCGAGGAGAUAUACCCAAACUGCACAGAAUCGCUGCAAGGCUUGGAUUUGCCAGAUAAGUCCAACCAGCUCCGCCAGCGCUGGAAAAUGUGCGCGCGGCUUCGACAAGCCGAGUUGUACGCCGUCGAGCCGUUAACGCAAGUGUUCGUCGACGCCAGCAUUUACUUCUGCGAACAGGCCUAUUUCCAAUACGGCUUAGUUGUUUCGUGCUUCCUUGCUCUGAACAGCGAUCCCUAUAGAGGGCCUAUGCCCUUCUCCGGACCCAGGGUGAAGGGCAUGCUCAUGAUCGCGAAGCUCUUAGCCAACACAGCUUCGAUGCUACCUUGGGCGUCGGGCAGCAGCACCGGGUCUCUAUCGGCGAAGAUCUCGCAAGCGCUAGGGAAGAUGGACCAAGCGACCAUGUGCCAGGCAAUUCUAGCCAUGGUUGUCCAUUACUGCCCGGCGGCUCAUUCAACGGAAUGGCAGAUAUAUCGUCAAGCAAAGGACCUGCUGAACGAUCUAGAGGGUAUACCGGGCCGAGAGACUGAAAAUGCGCUGGUAAAUGCUCUUGCUAGAAACCCGACUGGUUCGGAGGAAACCCGUUUCUUCACAAUGGCGGUCCUGGGACCAGUCCAAACACUAGCCGGCUUUGCCCUGGAUAUUAUGGAUACUGAAUUCGGCUUGUGAAAUUAAAUUAAAUUAAAUCAAAUCAAAGUUAUUAUUGCAGAG